ACAUCAAAUUUCCACACUUCCUCUCAGUGUUUAAAAUCCUUCUGAAUUUAUUAAGGUUUUCAGUUCAAUCUUCUCUCUCACGAAUCACACUAUGGAAAACAUAGCAGAAGUGCCUCCUAUGAGGCCGACUCAGCCAGAGAAAACAUUUUCCGAGUGCAUAACGCCACCGCCUCCGCUUCAACACAAGGAUGAAAAUUCUCAAAACUCCGGCAACGAUUUACGCAAAAUCACUACGCCGGAUCGCCUUAAGGUCCCCAAGGCAUUUAAGUUCCCAGAAAGGUAUACUAGCCCAACCGAUAUGAUAAUGUCCCCUGUAACACAAGGCCUUCUUGCCAGAAACAGAAAGGGUGGUGCCCUCUUGCCACCUAGCAUAAAUCUACCCAAACCUCCUCAAGAUUCAGGAAUUGAAGGUGUGGGAUGUGGUCCAACUGCUGAAUUAAAGUUUGGGUGCGAUAAUUGAAGGCUAUGAGGAAAAGCACUUUUGGGACUUUUUCCAACAGCUUUUUUUAUCUGUUUGUUUCAACUUCCACUGUUUAAGGCUCGGUGGAAGUUGAUGGUUGUAUGUGAUUUUAUCAGUGUGCAUUUUGGAAACAGUUGUGUUUCUGGUGAAUGAAUAAUAAGAUUUUUCAACAUAUCCU